AUGAAUUCAACUGAUAAUUUAAAUCAGUUGGAGCCAACAUUUAUGUACACCCAAAUAUUCAAAGAUAUUCUUCUUGAUAUGGAACAUAAUAAACAGGCUAUCAAAGACUUUACUACUUACAGUCGACAAAACGACUGCGGAUCCACAACUAUUAUUGAUCGAUUUGAAAACGAAUACCAGCCUCACUCAGCUAUUUGGUGGUAUACUUUCACUCCAUUUAUCUAUUGUAUGCUCAAUGAUGGACUUCGGUCGAUGGAAGGCAGCACUAUUAUUAAUAUGGGUUUUUUUAUUCAUGAUCUUCAUAAACAAAUUCAACAGCUACAUCAACAACAGGUUAAUAGUUAUCAUGAUAAACCAUUCAUAGUUUACCGAGGGCAAGGUCUAUCUAAAGCUAAUUUCAAAAAACUCCAAAAAACAAAAGGUGGUUUGAUGUCCUUCAAUAACUUUUUAUCAACUAGUAUGGAGCAAGACAUAUCUCUCGUAUUUGCCCGAAGUGUCUCAGAAACUACGAACAUGGUCGGCAUUCUUUUCAAGAUAUUAAUUAAUCCUCGUGUCAAAUCAGUGCCAUUUGCCUCCAUCCAGCAUCUUAGUGCUAUAGAGGACGAAAACGAAAUUCUCUUCUCAAUGCACUCUGUCUUUCGAGUGGGCGCAAUUGAACAAAUGGACAACAACAAUGAGCUUUAUCAAGUUGAAUUGCAAUUAACGUCGGAUGAUGAUCAACAACUACGAGUACUUACUGAUCGGAUACGAGAAGAAGCUAGUGGUAAUAGUGGAUGGGAAAGAUUGGGUAACUUAUUGCUUAAAAUUGGUCAAUUUAAUAAAGCUGAAGGACUUUAUAACGUAUUACUUGAACAGACAUCUGAUGAGAGUAAAAGAGCGAUUUAUUAUCAUCAGCUAGGAUUUGUCCAUCGAAAUCAAGCUGAUUAUGAAAAGGCUAUUAUGUAUUCCGAAAAAGCACUUGAAAUUAAACAAAAAACGCUUCCUUCAAAUCAUCCCGAUUUAGCGGCUACAUACAACAACAUCGGUUUGGUGUAUGAGAAUAUGGGAGAGUACUCAAAAGCACUUUCAUUUUACGAAAAAUAUCUUGAAAUUAAACAAAAAACACUUCCCUCAAAUCAUCCCGAUUUGGCGGCUUCAUAUAACAACAACGGUUCAGUGUAUGAGAAUAUGGGAGAGUACUCCAAAGCACUUUCAUAUCACGAAAAAGCACUUGAAAUUCGAGAAAAAACUCUUCCUUCAAAUCACCCUUCAUUGGCUACUUCAUUCAACAACAUCGGUUCGGUGUAUACAAAGAUUGGAGAAUACUCCAAAGCACUUUCAUUUUACGAGAAAGCACUUGACAUUGAACAAAAGACGCUUCCUUCAAACCACCCUUCCUUGGCAACUUCAUACAAUAACAUCGCCGGUAUAUAUUACAGUAUGAAAGACUGUUCGAAAGCACUUUCAUUUUACCAAAAAGCACUUGAUAUUAAACAAAAAGCGCUUCCUUUAAAUCUCCCUUUAUUGGCUAUUUCGUACAGCAACAUCGGUUUGGUGUAUGACAGCAUGGGGGAGUAUUCCAAAGCACUUUCAUUUCACAAAAAGGCACUUGAUAUUCAACAAAAAAGUCUUUCUUCAAAUCACCCUUCAUUGGCUACUUCAUACGGCAAUAUCGGUUGGGUGUAUGAGAACAUGGGAGAGUACUCAAAAGCACUUUCAUUUUACCAAAAAGACCUUGAAAUUAAAGAAAAAACUCUUUCUUCAAAUCAUCCUGAUUUAGCUAUUUUAUACAACAACAUCGGUUUGGUGUAUACAAAGAUGGGAGAGUACUCCAAAGCACUUUCAUUUUACGAAAAAGCACUUGAUAUUCAACAAAACACUCUUCCUUCAAAUUAUCUUGAAUUGGCUACUUUGUACAGUAACACCGGUUUGGUUUAUCACAGCCUGAGAGAGUACUCCAAAGCACUUUCAUUUUACCAAAAGGCACUUGAAAUUAAACAAAAAACGUUUGCCGCAGAUCAUCCUGAUUUGGCUACUUCAUAUGACAACAUCGGUAGUGUGUAUGGCCACAUGGGAGAGCAUUUGAAAUCACUUUCAUUUUACGAAAAAGCACUUGAAAUCAAUCAAAAAAACCUUCCUUCAGAUGGUUCUAAUUUGGCUACUUCGUACAACAACAUCGGUUGGGUUUAUAACAAUAUGAAAGACUAUUCGAAAGCACUUUCAUAUUUUGAACGUGCUCUAGGCAUACUACAAAGUGCAUUACCUCCAACUCAUCCUUAUAUUAAAGGUGCGAAGUACAAUAUUGAAAUUGUAAAAAAGAAAUUAUAA